UGAUGGUGUGAUGUGAAGUCAACUGGCCACACAUGAACAAAGCCGUGCCUGUUUCCUGUAUAUAUCUCAUUGCGUUCUUCAUCAUAGAAUAGAGCAGUUAUGUCUUCCAAAGCUUCAGCCACAGCGUUUCUUGUUUGCUUUGAGUUAUUCCCCAAAGAACUGCCACUGCUCUCAUCUUCUUUUGGUGGUGCACUGCUUGGAGUUAUCUUUAAUUUUAAUGUUUCAGAUAUUCAGAAAGAUGGCAAAAUUGUUGCUCCCAUGGGAUGCUGGGAGACAAAAUUAACAGAGGAAUAUACUAGCAGCUACAUAUUACUGCAGUACUUUCAAUACACAAUGUUUCUUCCAAAUGUUCGAUAUAUCAGUACACAUGAAAAAUAAAAGUAUUUUACAAUCUACGCAUCCUGUUGACUGUUAGAAAUAAUAGGCAGCGAGCAGUUGAAUUCUUCAAUGAUUCUAUAUAUUCUUUAAGGUAACUUUUAAGUCUUUUUCGAUAUAUCAUUUUAUAGAAUGGUUUAAAAAAAUCUGAAAUUUGGAAAAAUGAUUGUUGCUUCUCCUUUUUUCUUAUGUUCUUCAAAAUAAUGUGCAACUAUACAUUUAUACUUAUAAUUAUCCAUAUAUAUUAUAUUUGUAUUAUAAAUUUUUCAUGCAAAACAUGGGAUCAAUACUAGUACUUAAAUGGACCCUAAACUAUUUCAUCAAAAACUGAUUUAGACGUGAAUAGAAAACUGAAGUAGUAUACAAAAGUAUAUGAAAUAUAAAUAUAUAUCCCUUCUAUUUUAUAAAAAAUAUCAUAUAAUAAUUUUUCACGUAUAUUAAAAUAUCAUUAAUUUUUUUUUCUAUUUUUAAACAAAUAUUUUUUCUAAUUAAUACAUAAAAAGUGAGGUUAAAAUUGAGUUUUAGUUAAAAUUCUGAAUUAAAAUAUAAAAUGAUAUUCUCUGUGAAACAAAAAUAAACUCUAAUACAAAAUAAACCUAUACCAAGCCAUGUGAUUACCAUGAUUUCUAUCCUCUUUAUUAUUUUAUCAUCUCCAUUCUUCCUCCAAUAUAGUUGUAAGAAUUCAAUUAAUGCACUCGUUGAAAAACAAAAAUAGUAAUACUAUUAAAUAGAAUGAUACACGUUUUCUCACGUAGUUAUUUAAUUAAUCAAUGCAUAUCAGCGCUGCUCAACAUACAACCAACCUUGGCAUUCUAGCAUUGACCACAUGUAUUACCAUUACCUUCAUUCGCACUCUAUUAAUCGAUUAGUUUUAUAAGUAUCAAUGAGAUUUCUAGAAAGUCUAUUGAAAACCUCCAGACCAUUUAUUAAUUUAUUGCCGUAAGCAAGCAAAUGAUUUAAAUAUAAAGGCCGUGGAAAAUGUAGAAAUAUUUUAUUCCAAAAAUUGGUAUAAAUACGUGUAACAAGUAGUCUUCUUUUGGAAGAACAAAUAAUAAGAAAAUAAAAAAAAAACUGAAAAAAAAACAGCUCAGAGGAACUACAAAGGCGUAGAGAGAGAGAGCGUCUUCACAAUGAACACGGAUGAUAAAAAGGAGAAGGCAGGAGCACCCAUGUUAGCAGCAGAAGCAGCAAAGUCAAACGCUGACAUGGAAACGCAGCCUCCAAACGGCGGCGGUCGAAAACGCAACCGCAAAAUCUGUAUCUGCGUCAGUCUCCUCAUCCUCCUCCUCCUCAUCUUUAUAGUUCUCCUCGUCUUAGGCCUUACUCUUUUCAAACCCAAAAACCCAACGGCCACCGUCGACUCCGUCGCCGUGGAACGGCUUCGAACUUCCGUCGACGUCCUCAACCUCAAGGCCAACCUAAACCUAACGCUCAACGCCCAUCUCGCCUUGAAGAACCCAAACCGGGUCGGAUUUAGCUUCGGUGCCACGUCGGCGUUGCUUAACUACAAAGGCCAGUUGGUCGGCGAAGCGCCGCUCCCGGCGAACAGAGUCGGGCCGCAGAAAACGCUGCGUAUGAACGUAACGCUGACGUUAAUGGCGGAUAGACUACUAUCCGAGUCGCAAGUUUUCAGUGACGUCAUGUCUGGUUCCAUCCCGGUCAACGCUUUUGUCAAGGUCGCGGGGAAAGUAAGCGUGUUCAACAUGUUCAAGAUUAAAGUGAAGUCGUCUGCUUCCUGCGAUGUGACCAUCUCUGUUUCGAGUCGCAACGUUACGAGUCAGCAUUGUAAGUAUUCAACCAAGCUGUAGUUUCCUUAAUCUAUAGAUCUCUAUACUUUUCUUAAUCUAUAGGUCCCAUGUAUUAUUUGCUAUAGAACGAAUAAAAACAAAAGGCAUUUACCUUUUUCUCAUUUUCAUAUAGUCCAUGUUCAGAUAAUCAGAUCUCAAAUUAUGCAGCACAGAAGCAGUAAGUAACACGUUGAGUCAUUACCAAUCAAUGUGUCAACGUAACAUAUGUCUAUGUACUUAACUUUUUUUCAUGUGAGAAAAAGUCCAAGAACAGCAAAUUAUCUGAUUAAUGCCAUAAUAAUAAUACAUAAUAAAUUUGUCAUGACCAAGCUUAAACGUUACCCCAAACGGUGCCUUGCUGCAUGGUUUCUUGUAUCAGCACCGUUCUUCUAAUAUUAUCUUUAUCAUUGCAUUGACCUUGGCAUUGCCGGUUUACAAAUCAAGAAACUCGAGAAUUCGGAUCCAAUCUGCAGCUUUACAAGGCAUCGCCUCGAGUAUUGAUGUUCAGCUCAGUUUCACACUUAAGUCGGCCAGGUUCUUGUGAAGAAUCGCAAGUCGCAUACCGGGGAGAAGCAAGUGGGUGAUGUCCAUCUUCCUUCGGGUGCUUUCCCGACAAAAGGUUCAUCGAUUCUCCCCUGUCGGCUUACUCUCCAGACCGAUAAGUUUUGUUGUUGAUUUAAGUGACAUCGUACAAGAUCUACUGUGCGGAAAGAUUUGUGUUGGAAACAAAUCCAAAGAUCCCAUGAAAAGUCAAAGUUGAUAGGAAUCUUCAAGAAAUACUUUGUAGCUAUUUGGAUAUAUAGCGAGAUCAACCUGGACUUUCCUUCCAUGAAAGUUCAGAAUCAAGAAUGUGAAUGAGCACCAAGCAGUGAACUAUCCUAGACUGUGUUCUCCAUUGUUUGUCCUUAA